GACUAUCAUUAAAUAUAAAAAAAUGUAAUGUGAUGUCCUUCAGUCGCAGUAAGUCCGUUGUCAUUUUUCAAUACAACAUUGAGGGAAGUGUUUUGGGAAGGGUGACUGAAUACAGAGAUCUGGGAGUCUUAUUCGAUCAGAGGUUGACUUUUGUACCCCAUGUGAGGGCAACUGUUUCCGAUGGUCUCAGGACUCUCGGGUUUAUAAUAAGGAAUUCCAGGGAUUUGUCAGAGACUGGCUCCCUCUUCCUUCUUUUUACGGCGCUCGUGAGGUCAAAGCUAGAAUAUGGGUGUGUUGUAUGGAAUCCCGGUUAUAAGAUUCAUAUUGAAAGCUUAGAGAAAAUACAGAGGCGAUUUCUGAAGUACGUGAGCUUCAAAAUAGAUGGCGUGUAUCCGUGUCGUGGAAUACAAGAUGGGUAUUUAUUGAGCAGGUUUAAUGUUAACUCUUUUGCACGUCCCUAGACUACCUGUUCGAAAUGUAUCCACGUUCUAUCUUCCUUUUCCACGUACUAACGUGCUUCGGUUUUCGCCAAUGUUUAGAAUAUGUCAUGAUUUUAGCAAUUUUCAGUAUGUUUUGGAUGUUUUCAACUGUACUCAAUUGAAUAUACGGAGGGCUGUUUUGGGGUCGUAAUUUUUUAGUUAAUUUAGGUUUGCAUUUGUAUGUAUAUAUACUUUUAUGAGUUUUUAUUUUGUAAUUUUGUUUAUUUCCAAUCUGUAAUUGGUCUAGACUGUAGAUUGGUGUAAUUAAAUA